CUAUGUCACUGUCACGUCACUGUCAAGUGUCGCAACGGAAUUCAACAAAACAACACUUCUCUAAUUAUUAAUUUAUAACAGUAUUUAUCUAACAAAUAAAUGAAAACAACUAUUACUCUAACCAAAUUUAAGCUGUGCUUAAACCUCUCAAUUUAAGUCGUGUUACUUCAAACCAAUACGAAGCAUGGCAUCUGAUAAAGAUCCGCUUACCAGCGAGAGAUCUGGAAGAGUGAGAGAAGUCGGCAAUCACGCCAUUUGGAGUCUGUCAUCUUGUAAGCCAGGUUUUGGUAUCGACCAGCUGAGGGAUGACUGUAUGGACACAUAUUGGCAGUCAGACGGACAACUGCCACACCUAGUCAACAUCCAAUUUCAGAGAAAGACUAUGGUGUCACACAUAUACAUCUACACCGACUACAAACUGGACGAGAGCUACACUCCCAGCAGGAUUUCCAUCAGGGCCGGAACACACUUCAAUGAUUUACAGGAAAUCGAAGUUAUUGAAUUAAUCGAGCCAAGUGGAUGGGAAAUGAUACCAAUCAAAGACAUGCAUGACAGACCAAUAAGAACAUUUAUGAUCCAGAUAGCUGUUUUGAGCAACCACCAGAACGGGAGAGACACACACAUGAGACAGAUCAAAGUGCAUUCUCCCUGUGAACCCACUUCAUUUGAUAUUAAUAAAUUUAGGAACUUUUCUACAGUCCAAUUCCAGCAAUACACUACUAUCCGAUAGAAAAAAAUCCUCUUCUGUUCCGAAAGCUAAGGACAAUCCUGUCUAAGGUUUUUAUAAAUGGUGCCAGCAUAGGUAUUCCCUGUUCUGUUUUAUCGGCUUAAAGGACUACCACCCGGGUCAUAAAAUAUCAAAAAAUAUACAAGAAUUUCACACUACCAAUAGUGUCAAAUUCUCGUAUGUGACAGGAAACCUGGCCGGAUCUGUACUGUAAAAAACAUUGACCGGCCAACCUCAUUUGCUUGACCAUUAAAUAAAAAACUAAAAUAAUUAUCAAGUUAUAUUAAAUUAACUGAAUAAAUCCGUAUAAUUAAUUUA